AUGUGGCUCCUCACAAUUGUGGCAAGUUUGGUCCAAGGCCUUGUAACUUCAGAAGCACAUCUGAGAAGGAGAAGACACGUGGAUCCAGAAACUACUAUGAAUAUUAGUGAAAUUAUUUCCUUCAGAGGAUAUCCCAGUGAGGAAUAUGAAGUGGUGACAGAUGAUGGGUAUAUUCUGAAUAUUAACCGAAUCCCUCAUGGGAAAAGAAAUCAGUGGAAUAAGGAUCUCAAGCCAGCAGUGUUUCUGCAGCAUGGCUUGCUUGGCGAUAGCAGUAACUGGGUGUCAAAUCUGGACUAUAACAGCCUGGGCUUUAUGUUGGCUGAUGCUGGCUAUGAUGUUUGGCUAGGAAACAGCAGAGGUAACACUUGGUCCAGCAAACAUAUAAACUAUACGGUGGAACAAGAAGAAUUCUGGAUAUUUAGUUAUGAUGAAAUGGCUAAAUAUGACCUUCCAGCAUCAAUAAACUUCAUCCUGAAGAAAACAAGACAAGAACAAAUAUUUUAUGUUGGCCAUUCCCAGGGCACCAGUGUGGCAUUCAUUGCAUUUUCAACCAUGCCACAGCUUGCUAAGAAGAUAAAAAUGUUUUUUGGAUUGGCACCCAUAGCCACAGCAAAGUUUUUAACCAACCCGGUGCUGACCAGGCUUGCAGAGGUUCCAGAACAGCAGCUCAAAGAAAUUUUUGGAACAAAGCAGUUUCUUCCCCAGAGCAAAAGUCUGAAAUGGUUAGCUACUGAAGUGUGUGGCCGUUUCUUACUUGAUGAUCUUUGUGGUAAUAUUUUCUUCCUAGUGUGUGGGUUUAAUGAGAAAAAUCUAAAUAUGAGUCGAAUAGAGGUAUAUGGAACACACUGUCCAGCUGGGACAUCUGUCCAGAAUAUGCUUCACUGGAGUCAGGGUGUGAAGUCUGGGAAGUUCAAAGCCUUUGACUGGGGUAGUAAGAAAGAAAACAUGGCUCAUUACAACCAGCCAACACCACCUUUCUACAAUGUAAAACAGAUGACUGUACCAACAGCUCUCUGGACUGGCAGUCAAGACUGGCUUGCAGACCCAAAGGACGUUGCCCUGUUGCUGCCUCAGGUCCCGAACUUAGUUUACCACAAGAAUAUUCCUGACUGGGAACAUCUGGAUUUCAUCUGGGGCCUCGAUGCCCCACAGCGCAUGUACAUAAAAAUAAUUGAGCUCAUGCAGAAUUAUCAUUGAGUGUAUGCCGUUCUUGGAACUGUGAUCCUGAAAUUUCUUCAAGAAACCAGCACCAUCAGUCUAUAACCUAUUUUUUUAAAAAGAGAAGUUAUUCCUACCUUCUUAAAUACAUACAGUAUUAUUAACCUGUCUAUGUGCAGCUUAGUUAUA